AUGUUGACUGAGAAGAAGAGCAGUGUCACAAUAGCAGUGAGAGAGACAGAGAACAGACUGAACACAGAUGAGCUGAUCAGCAGAAGAAAUAACAUCUCACUACAAGACAUGAUGACUACUGCUGCAGUCAUAAGAGAAGCAGAAGAAGAAGAAGAAGAUGUGACAAUGAAAGUGAUACUUCUGCAGUUCAUUAACACUGUCAUCUCUGCCUUUAACUGA